AAAAUACUCAUUAGCUGCUGCACUAUAAUCACAGGAUAACUUUUAGUCUCGACAGUACGCAAUGCAACAAGACUACACGCUCACGCAACUAGUGGUUGCGCUGUUCCGACAGGACCUGAACGCAGCAUCUGGCAAGGGGCGGGUAGGCGCUAACAGUGCAGUAUGGCGGACGAUGGAGAGAGUUCGAGCGGACCAGUUGACACAAGCGGUGGGCAGGGGGCAGCGGAUGAGUCGGACGGGCUCGGCAUCGGCGGGAUGUUGGUGAUGGUGGUGGCGGUAUGGCUGGUGGUGUACCGGAGGUGGGGUAGGCGGCUCGUCUCCGACGCGGCCCAGGACAACGAGGCCUCGGCGCUUCCCAAGAUGAGGAGACGGGACUUCACUCUGGAACAGUUGCGGGAGUACGACGGACUCCAAAACCCACGCAUCCUGAUGGCUGUCAACAUGAAAGUUUUCGACGUGACAAAAGGCAAAAAGAUUUAUGGGAAAGAUGGCCCUUAUGGCAUUUUUGCGGGCCGGGAUGCUUCGAGAGGCCUGGCCACAUUCUGCCUGGAGAAGGAUGCCCUGAGGGACGAAUAUGACGACCUGUCAGACCUCACCGCUGUGCAGAUGGAGAGCGUGAGGGAGUGGGAGAUGCAGUUUAGGGAAAAAUACGACUACGUUGGGAGGUUGCUGAAGCCCGGAGACGAGCCUUCGGAGUACACGGACGAGGAAGACAUCAAAGACCACCUGAAACACGACUGAACGGUUCCAUCUCAUUGACCAAAGCCAGGAGCCCCAAACAGCUGCGACAGACCACCCCAGGCCCCCCAGCCCUCCUCCUUCCGCCCUGUUGAUAUACCUGCCCCUUCCUUCUCCUGCUCCACUCCCCAAACACUUCACCUCCUGAAUCUGUCCAGUGUCGUGGCUUUUCUGGAAGGGCAGGUCUCCAGACCCCCCUUGUUCUUCAUCCUGUGAAGAUUAGCACCAACAGAAAGUGAUCGGAAACCUCUGACGAGGGGCUUUUUGCCGUUAGAUGCCAUUAGGGGUUGUGCCAUUAGAUGUAUUUGAACCAAAACCACAAAAUAUUUCAGUCAUUUUUCUGAGGGUGCACGUGUGGUCCUUGUGGUCACUACUGAGCACUGGGUGGAGGUUGGUUUGAGGUGGUCAGAGAAACACUGGUCAGAGCUGAUCAGUGGAUCGGGUUUGGGGAAAUGGAUUUCUCUCUCUUUUUUUAUCUUUGGUUUAGUCACAAUGCAACUGAACCCGCUUCAGCUUCAGACAGCUUAUCAAUCAAUCAUCUCUUGUUCAAAUCAUCCCCCCGACUUGUUGAGAGGGCAGUGCUGUGGCCUAACCAAAGGGGCGUCACAUUUUCCUGUUGUGUUUGUAGUGUAUGCACUACUGCUUUUCUUUGUUUGUCACCAUGUGAUUGUAUUUGUUGAGUAUCGUUUGGGGGGGUCCUUGCAAGGGUCCUUGCCAUAUAAAACCGGUUUUCAAUCGCAUCACACAGACUGACUCACUGAAUACAAAGGGAAUGCGAUAAGGCAGUCCUAUUAAUCGACUAAAUUGUUUACAUGCCUCACACGCCAGCUGCAAGUCUGUAGAUUCCCCCGAAAAUGGUCCAAGUAUUAAUUGUGCCUUAUUUUGUUUCUUGUGUCAGUCCUGGUCGGCCUAACGGGGGGUGAGCAGAGGAAUGCAGGUGUUGGUUUUUCUUAGAUUUGGUUUGCCAGACAUUAAGGAAGGCAUACGUUCUGUCAAUCGUCCAUGCACAGACUGUAAUAUUUCCCCACUUCACAAACUUGUACAUAGACCAUAUGAAUUACUCAGUGUUACUGCCAUAUUUAUGUAGUUGAUGAAGUCCAUAUACGUAUAAUGCUAUGUCACACUGGCCAAAACCCCUAUAGUUUGUGUUUUUUCAGUUUUUUUUUUGUUUUGUUUUGUUUCCCCCGUUCUGAAAUUAAUUUUAAACGUGGCUGAACUUGACAUAAAAAAAUUGCAAAGUGCUGCAGGAUGGGACUGGGAGCUGAUCUUGCAGAUUUUUUUCAGAGCCGUCGCUUAUCCUGUAAAUAUACCUAUCAUUUUAUUAAAGCAUGUGCAACAACAAAGUGAGCUAUGCCGAGUUCCCACCAGGUCAUGUAUUUAAAUGUUGGGUGUGUGUGUGCGUGUCUGUGUGACAGAGACGAGAAGGGAUUUGUUCAUGCGUAAUAAAUCAAUUUGGUUAAUAACUGAA